GAGUGAACACAAGGCUGUGUACAUCAUUUCACCGUUAUGGCACAUGAAUUCACCAACUCACAGAAUGCCAACCUCACGUCGUCUCUCGAUCUGAGCACGUCGCUGGAUCACAGCGUCCAGACGCGCAUUUUUAAAAUUAUUGUGAUCGGGGACUCUAAUGUGGGUAAGACCUGUUUAACCUUCCGCUUCACCGGCAGAUCCUUCCCAUGCAAGACUGAAGCCACCAUCGGCGUGGAUUUCAGGGAGAAAGCCGUGGAGAUCGAGGGCGAGAAAAUAAAGGUACAAGUAUGGGACACAGCAGGCCAGGAACGCUUUCGCAAGAGCAUGGUAGAGCAUUACUACCGCAACGUCCAUGCUGUCGUAUUCGUGUACGAUGUCACUAAAAUGGCCUCUUUCCAGAACUUAAAGACCUGGAUUCAGGAGUGCAACGGGCAUGGUGUGUCAUCCGCUGUGCCUCGUGUCCUGGUGGGCAACAAGUGCGAUCUGAUUGACCAGAUUCAGGUCCCCUCCAACACUGCCCUCAAGUUUGCCGAUGCCCAUAACAUGCUGCUGUUUGAAACGUCAGCCAAAGAUCCAAAGGAGAGCCAGAAUGUGGACUCCAUUUUCAUGUGCCUGGCAUGUCGUCUAAAAGCCCAAAAGUAUUUGAUCUACAGAGAUGUGGAGAGAGAAGAUGGUAGAGUCAGAUUGACCCAUCAACCAGGCCCUAAAAGUAACUGCCUGUGCUGAGGACCUUAAACUGUGAAAUUAGUAACGUUUAUCAUUUGCAUUGAAACAAUGUGCCUGCAACUAAUGACAUUUUAUUUUGUGAUAACUGCACCAACUGACCUUGCCAUUUUCUCUGAGUUUCUCUGUAUGUGCUUAUCUUUAGUUUUCUAGAAUUACAUCACUAAAAACACUCAGAUGUGGAUGAAACACAUGUAACCUGACAAGAAAAAGUCUAGGUCAUAUUUCACCUUGAAAUCAAAACAAAGGGGAAAAAAGUAUUUUUAAAAUAUUUUGCUUAAACGGAGCUUAUUUUUAGGACCAUUAAAUGUAAUUUUUUUUGGUAUAUUUUCUUUUUUUUUGCAUUUUGACAUAAUUUAAUGACAAUUAAGCACAUUUUCCUCCAAUUCUCAUUUAUGUAAUGCAUAAAGAAUCUCAUUCUGAUUACUGUAAUGUGAAAAAAAUGAUGUUUGUGAAAUAUUUAUACAUAAUGGUAGUUUGUGUUGGGGGGGGUGCGCUUAAUUUCUGUUAAAAUAUUGUCACAAUGCAAUCUCAAUGGCCCUAAAAUAGGCUUAAUUUUCUUAGCACACAAUAUAAUUUCUUAUUUAUAACUUAAUUUGUUUUCUGGGUGAAAUGUGACAUUCGAUAACAUUCACCCAUUUAUUGAUGUUGGAUUGCUAAUACUAAAUUUAGGACACACUGUAUCUGCAAUAUCACUAUAUCUUUAAAGGUUUGAAGAAAUGUGACAUUUGUCUGAUUUCCAGUCAUUUAGGUCAGUCAUAUUAAUUUGGAUCUAUGCAUCAGUAUACAAUCAACUCAAAAUAUCACUUACUGCAAUAAGACAUAACAUCCCCUACAUCAUCAUCGGUUGAUGGUCUUAAUGUAUUAGCAGUCAGGUACUGCACUGGAUUCUGAAUCAUCAAGCAGUACAUGAGGUUUCACAUGAAGUUUCAAGUUUCAUAAUUCAAAUGUUUGUAUGCCUUAAAUAUUGGUGAUUUCACAUAGCUUUGUUAUUCCUCAAUGCUAAACAAAAGUGAUAACAUUAGCACUCACUGAGUGCAUGGAUGUAUUAGGCAUUUGAUACGGAUAUUAUGAAAAUGUAAAAACAGUUAUAAACACAUAUUCUUUGGUGUUUAGCAUUAAAUGGUUGAGAACCCAACCAAAUAUUUAAUGCAAUUAGGUAACACCAAUAAUUUACCAAAUGUGGACAAACAAGUAUAACAGUGUGGGAAGUAUCAUGUAUAUAGCAGAAAAAUACUACUUAACAUCACAUUAAUAUUUCACCAGCUUAAGGGUUCCUCCAAAUGUAAAAACGCUUGACCAUCUAUGAAUGUAAGCUUAACAACUGUUCUAUAUGUUUUUUUGUUUUUUAAAUAAAUUAACAAAAGAAAAGGCAGUAUUUUAGAUCUGUCGAGUGUUUCCUGGUUGGUGUUGCUAAUUGGGAAAACAAUUUUGAUUAUGGAAUAGGAGAGUGCCCUGUGACUGUUUUUAUAGCAUUAUCACUAUUUACUGCUAAACUGUCUGUUCUGUCUUUUGGUUCUUAAACAUUCCGUAGAAUACUCUCUACUAUUUCAGAAGUUGCUAGGUGUGUGUUUGCAGUUUCUUUUAAUGGUUUCAAAUGCUCUUCAUGUUUUAAAACCCAUCAGAGAAUUUUUAAUCGUGUAAGCCAAUGACGCUAUUUCAUGUUACAUGUUACUGUAUGUAUGUUUGGUUAUGAGCACCAGAUUAAAUUACAUAUACCCUGAAGCACUGAACCAAUAUAUUAUCUGGAGAAAAAAAAUGGUUAUUAACAUGAAACAUUUUUGGAGCUCAAGUUUCAGAUGAACAAAG